CAGGCCGGAUAUGGAGGUGGUGGACGAGACCGAGGCGCUGCAGCGCUUCUUCGAAGGCCAUGACAUCAACGGUGCCCUGGAGCCCUCCAACAUUGACACCAGCAUUCUGGAGGAGUACAUCAGCAAGGAGGAUGCCUCCGACCUCUGCUUCCCUGAUAUCUCUGCACCUUCCAAUGCGGCCUCCUACUCCCACGGGCAGCCAGCAAUUCCCGGUUCCAGUGGGGUCCACCACCUGAGCCCCCCCGGGGGUGGACCCUCCCCUGGACGCCAUGGUCCCCUCCCACCCCCGAACUACGGCACCCCGCUCAACUGCAACAACAACAACGGCUUGGGUGCCACUCCUAAGCCCUUCCUGACAGGCUAUGCACCCCCCAUCAAAGCAGAACCUAAAGCUCCCUAUGCCCCAGGCACACUGCCAGACUCGCCCCCAGACUCAGGCUCCGAGGCCUACUCCCCCCAGCAGGUGAAUGACCCCCACCUUCUUCGCACGAUAACCCCUGAGACCCUGUGCCACGUGGGAGUGCCCUCCCGCCUGGAGCACCCGCCCCCACCUCCAGCUCACCUGCCAGGCCCCCCACCACCCCCGCCGCCCCCACCUCACUACCCUGUCCUGCAGCGGGACCUGUAUAUGAAGGCUGAGCCCCCAAUCCCCCCCUAUGCUGCCAUGGGGCAGGGGCUGGUGCCCACCGAUCUCCACCACACACAGCAGUCACAGAUGCUGCACCAGCUGCUGCAGCAACACGGAGCUGAGCUCCCUACUCACCCCUCUAAGAAGAGGAAGCACUCUGAGUCACCCCCCAGCACUCUCAAUGCCCAGAUGCUGAAUGGAAUGAUCAAACAGGAACCUGGGACCGUGACAGCCCUGCCCCCACACCCCUCUCGAGCCCCGUCCCCACCCUGGCCUCCCCAGGGCCCACUUUCACCGGGCCCUGGAUCUUUGCCCCUCAGCAUCGCCCGGGUCCAGACACCGCCUUGGCACCCACCAGGCGCGCCCUCCCCAGGCCUCCUACAGGACAAUGACAGCCUCAGUGGCUCCUACCUAGACCCCAACUAUCAGUCCAUCAAGUGGCAGCCGCAUCAGCAGAACAAGUGGGCAACCCUGUAUGAUGCCAAUUACAAGGAGCUGCCUAUGCUUACCUACCGUGUGGAUGCCGACAAGGGGUUCAACUUUUCGGUGGGCGACGAUGCCUUUGUGUGCCAGAAGAAGAACCACUUCCAGGUGACGGUGUACAUCGGCAUGCUGGGCGAGCCCAAGUACGUCAAGACUCCCGAAGGCCUCAAGCCCCUCGACUGCUUCUACCUGAAGCUGCAUGGAGUGAAGCUGGAGGCCCUAAACCAGUCGAUCAACAUCGAGCAGUCGCAGUCAGACCGAAGCAAGCGGCCCUUCAACCCUGUCACGGUCAGUCUGCCCCCUGAGCAGGUCACGAAGGUGACUGUGGGGCGGCUGCACUUCAGUGAGACCACUGCGAACAACAUGCGCAAGAAAGGCAAGCCUAAUCCUGAUCAGAGGUACUUCAUGUUGGUAGUGGCCCUCCAAGCCCACGCACAGAACCAGAACUACACGCUGGCUGCCCAGAUCUCAGAGCGCAUCAUUGUUCGGGCUUCCAACCCAGGCCAGUUUGAGAGCGACAGCGACGUGCUGUGGCAGCGGGCACAGGUACCCGACACUGUCUUCCACCACGGCCGUGUGGGCAUCAACACAGACCGGCCAGACGAGGCGCUGGUUGUGCAUGGCAACGUCAAGGUCAUGGGCUCGCUCAUGCACCCCUCGGACCUGCGGGCCAAGGAGCAAGUGCAGGAGGUAGACACCACCGAGCAGCUGAAGAGGAUCUCACGCAUGAGGCUGGUGCACUACAGAUACAAGCCAGAGUUCGCGGCCAGCGCCGGCAUGGAGGCCACCACACCAGAGACAGGUGUCAUCGCUCAGGAGGUAAAGGAAAUCCUGCCUGAGGCUGUGAAGGACACAGGAGACAUGGUCUUUGCCAAUGGGAAAACCAUAGAGAACUUCCUGGUGGUGAACAAGGAGCGCAUCUUCAUGGAAAAUGUGGGUGCUGUGAAGGAGCUGUGCAAGCUGACGGACAACCUGGAGACACGCAUCGAUGAGCUAGAGCGCUGGAGCCACAAGCUGGCCAAACUGCGGCGACUCGACAGCCUCAAGUCCACUGGCAGCUCAAGCGCCUUCAGCCACACAGGGAGUCAGUUCAGCCGGGCUGGCAGCGUCCCUCACAAGAAGAGGCCGCCCAAAGUGGCCAGCAAGGCAUCGUCCAUGGUCCCAGACCAGGCCUGCAUCAGCCCACGCUUCCUGCAGGGAACCAUCAUUGCCCUGGUGGUGGUCAUGGCCUUCAGCGUGGUGUCCAUGUCUACACUGUAUGUGCUGAGCCUGCGCACUGAAGAAGACCUGGUAGACACUGAUGGCAGGUCCAGCCAGAGCUUUGGGACCACUCAGCUCCGACAGUCCCCUGUGACCACUGGGCUGCCAGGCAUACAGCCCUCUUUGCUGCUGGUUACUACCAGCCUGACCAGCUUGGCCCCAGGUCCUGCUGUCCGCACCUUGGACCUGUGUUCCAGCCACCCCUGCCCUGUUGUCUGCUGCUCCUCACCCACCUCUAGCCCUGCCACUGCUCCUAGUCCCAGCUUAAACCCUGGCCGUGGUCUCAGCCCUAGUCCCAUCCCCAUAACCAACCGCUCAGGCCCCAGUCAGAUGGCCCUGCUGCCGGUCACCAACAUCAAAGCCAAGUCCUGGGGCUUUUCAGCCAAUGGGAUUGGGCACUCAAAGCAUCCCAAGAGCCUGGAGCCUGUGGCCAGCCCUCCAGUUCCCUUUCCAGGGUGGCAGGGCAAAACCAAAAACAGCCCCAGACUCAGUCUCCAUGGCCGGGCUCGCCGAGGGGCCCCACAGCCUAGCCUGGGCCCUGCUUGGCACACUCAGGCCCAGGGCCAGCCAGACCCAGUACCCUCCCUGACCUCCAUCCAGGUGCUGGAGAAUUCAAUGCCCAUCACCUCCCAGUACUGUGCUCCUGGGGAUGCCUGCAGGCCUGGAAACUUCACCUACCACAUCCCUGUUAGCAGCAGUACCCCACUACACCUCAGCCUGACCCUGCAGAUGAACUCCUCCUCCCCUGUGUCCGUGGUGCUGUGCAGCUUCAUGUCAAAGGGGGAACCGUGUGAGGAGGGGACCUUUCCGCAGCAUCUGUACACCCAUCAGGACACUCAGGGCAUCUCUCACCAGUGGCCAGUGACCAUCCUGUCCUUUGGUGAAUUCACCUACCACUUCCGGGUGGCACUGCUGGGCCAGGCCAACUGCAGCACAGAGGCCCUUGCCCGGCCAGCCACAGACUACUACUUCCGCUUCUACCGCCUGUGCGACUGAGCUGCCCUCCUGAGGUGGCACCACACCAGGGCCCAGGGGUCCUCACAUGCCCCUCUGACACUGGAUGCAAUGGCAUUACACUGGAGCCUGCUGCCAGCCAGCUCUCCUAUACACUGGCCCACCCCAAACUGGGGAAACUGGAAGUCUUCACACUGGAGUUGCUGUUCCAGCUGGUCGCCCCUCACAUAGCAGAGGCAGGUGGAGAGACAAACUUUCUGGGACAUCCUGCCUGCCACCUCCUCUGGGACAGUUCACAUCUGUCCAGAUAUGGUGGUUAGAAAGCUGGCUUCAGGUGCCCUGGAGGCAACGGGGAGCUGUGACCCUUAUCUGUCCAGAGCCUACUCUCCUCUGCCUCCCUUUUGACACAGGGAACUACAAGGAUCUACCUGCCUUUGUGGUCAGCUGAGGGCCUGGAUCCAGCCCUAAAAGACUUGGCUGGACCCCUGUGAGUCAAUGGCGGACAGACAGCUUUCCCCCUCAAAGCUUCAUGGGGGAUAGUGUGGUAGUGGACCUUUUGGGGUUUGACUGUUACCUGGAUUUGGAAUUUUAAGCUUUAAGUGUGGUCCAGGCAGUUGGCUCCCCCAAAUGCCCAGGGUAACCAAGGGCAGCCCUGGAUGGGUCAGAGACUGACUUUGUGCCUUAAGUCCACUUAGUGCCUGGUGAAGCCACUCUCAGCCCUUCACAGGACUGAACUAGUAGCUAGGUAAGCCUUAGACCCCAAAAUGUGGAGCAUCCCAGAAGGGAAAGUUCCCUAUGAGCCCCUAGACAGUGUUGCUGGCCCACUGCCUAUGUUCCUGGGAGUGUCCAGAUCUUCACAGUGGUGUUGGUGACCACAUCGUUCUUGCUGAACAGAGGAGCUGGAACCCUGCAAGCAGGCUGGUCUUGGCUGGCAGAGAGACGCCAAUAGUUUUUGCUAUUAUUAAUGAAGUAAUUACUAAAUGCACUUAGACCAGGGCAGGGAAGGGUGGAAGGACAGGGCUACAAAGCCCACAGCAGGCCAGAGCAGUCCUUGCUCCUAGGGAGCCUCAGAGACACCCUCCCACUCCUGAGCACCAAAACUCUGGCCUCUCCCUCCAUUCUUGUCUGCUGGUGGCUUCAUCUCCACAAAUCAAAGGCUCCCUUGCUGGAGUCAAGCUGGCGGGAUCCAUGCUCGGCAGUAGGCCUCAUCUGUCCAUCCCUCCCAGGAACAGUAGUAGGCUUGGGUUAGGGAAGAAGUUUUAUCUCAAGUGCCAACCCCAACAUUUAAUAGGGGUGCCUGGAGCAUUCUGAGGCCAUGCCCAGGCUCAUGGAAGGAAUGUGGUUGUUGUUUAGCCAUAUCUGCCACAGGCCCAGAAAUAGGAAAGGGAAUUACCGUCCAUGCCUUGUGGCACUCUGCCAGCUCUUCAGGUGCCAAGCCUCGGCUCCCUCCUCCCUCUCAUUCUCAGCUUUGAAUGGGAGGCCCUUGUGGGGAGGGGCUGAAUUCCUUGAAGCCUACUGCUGGACUCCCUUCUGCCAUUGAUUUCAGAGCACUUAUCUUCAAAAGAGGAAGAACCAGAGGACACAGGGAUACCCUGCGUGCAGCCUCCUGCCCCACUGGGUUGCACUCCCUCACUCUGUCAUAGGAAUUUUGAGUCCCCAGGCCCUGUAGGGGGCCUACUUAGGACUACACUGGCUUCCUCCUGCCCCAGGGGAAUCUUCUCAGCAAUGCCUUAAACUUCGAUUCUGCCCCUCACAAUAGGAUUCUGUGGCUUCUUCCCUGGGGAUACAUGUUCUUGGACCCAGCCCUUCAGUCCUUAACUGGAAAGUGACCCUCCUCUGCCCUUUUGGAGUCCAAGUGAUGCACCAUAGUCCCAGCCCCAUUAGCAGCUGGCUGUUUCCAUGCCUGGGGAGGGAUCCUCAGUGCAGGGGUUGGGGCCAGGCUGGGGCUCCAAGCUGCUUGAGGGGGUCAACCUUGGACCAAAGUUGCCUUAAUAAGCCCAUGGUAAAGGAGCCUGGGGGAAGGUGAGGGGGCUGCCUAUUGGAGGCUGCCCGCUGCCAUGCUGGUACUGGGAUGUGGGGGUCUCACCUCCAGCCCCAACAUGGGGCCCAGCAGGCCACCCCUCUCCUUCCUCCUCCCCUUUCCUCUGGGCUGAUCUCCUGUAGCUUCAAGCUGUACAUAGGGCCUCCCCCUGCAAAUCUCCCUGCCCCCUCCAUUCCCCCUUAGAAGCCUGCAUGUGCAUAGAGCACCUCUCCCAGUUAACUCCCAGUUCCCUUCCCUGAGCGCUGACUCAUAUUUAUAUCAUGUACCAACUCUGACUCUGUGGUGGGCAGAGGGAGGCAGCCCUGAGCCUGCUUGCUUCCUGUCCUCCCCCAACUGUUUUUCUUCUGAAGUAAAUAUACAUAUAUAAAUAAAUGUAUAAAUACUGCUUUGUAUCUGA